AAAAAAGAAUGACCCUACCUUUAUUGCUCAGACCUCACGAUAAUUUACAAUCAGUUAAAUUAAACACGUAAGGCGUUUAUUCGCCGGAAUUCUUCGAUUAUAGUUUCUACCUGCGGUUUCUCGAUUAGAACCGUCCCAUCCUCAAUAACUGAGGAACGAAUCCGGCGCCGGUUAGCUUUCUACUGGACAAAUUAAUAAGUGAAUCUUACCAUGGAUUUAAAUAGUUCUGUGCAACCUCACAAGUAUGAGGAGAAAAAGAAGGGUAUUUUGGGAAGAUUUUCAGGGCGGGAGCAUGUAGAUAAGGCAGAUAGUGAAAGAAGACAACAAUGGGGAAUGAAAAGGAAAUUCCCAGGAGAAGGUCAAAUGCAUGGCCAUCAAUCUUUUACGCGUGAUAAUCGAGGGUUUGAUUUUGGAAACCGUGGAUUCUAUGAUGAACACAUGCUCCCUCCUGGUUGGUUAGGUUGUCCUCCAUAUGGUGAAGCCAUAGGUUGUUUAAUUCCUUCAAAAGUUCCACUUGGUGAGUCCUUCAAUCAACACAUUCCCGGCAAAAGAUACACACCGAAACAUGUGUUAAAUGAACAAAGACUACUCGGAAGAGAACUUGGUUUGGUGAUUGAUCUAACAAAUACUAAUCGUUACUACCCCAUAUCAGCUUGGUCAGAAGAAGGAAUUAGCCAUAUUAAGAUUAGAUGCAAGGGCAGAGAUUCUGUACCUGAUGAUGAAUCUGUAGAGAAGUUUGUCCAUGAGGUUUCGAAAUUUUGCUCCCAAGGAACACAUGCAGAGAAGUAUAUUCUUGUUCAUUGUACACAUGGGCAUAACCGCACAGGUUAUAUGAUUGCUCAUUUUCUUAAGCGUACAAGAUCUAUUUCUAUCACUGAGGCAAUAGAUAUAUUUGCUAAGGCACGGCCUCCUGGAAUCUAUAAAGAAGAAUAUAUUGAUUCAUUAUACACAUUUUAUGAUGAAAAGAGGCCUGACCAAGUUGUUUGCCCACAAACUCCUGAGUGGAAAAGAUGCGAUGAUGCCAACACUGAUGGUGAAGCUAUGCAAGAACAUAAGAACAGUGCUGCUCCUUUGCAUGAGAAUCAUGUAAUGACAAAUGAUGAUUUGCUGGGAGAUGCAGUGUCUUUUGACAAACUACGAGAACUGCGACAAAUGUGCUAUCAAUUGCUUAAACUUGGAAUGCCGGCAAGAGGAAAUCUACAAUUUCCAGGGUCCCACCCAGUUUCUCUCAAUGGGGACAACUUACAACUCUUAAGACAGCGGUAUUAUUAUGCCACAUGGAAGGCCGAUGGAACACGAUAUCUGAUGCUAAUCACUUGGGAUGGAUGUUACUUGAUUGAUAGGAAUUUUAACUUUCGAAGAGUUGAUAUGCGGUUUCCAUGCAAACAAACAGAUAAGGGUAUGACUGAUCAGAUUCACAAUUACACAUUGCUUGAUGGAGAGAUGGUUAUUGAUACCGAUUCUAAUACACAAAAGCAAGAGAGAAGAUAUCUCAUUUAUGAUGUCAUGGCAAUUAAUGAAACAUCUUUAGUGGAGAUGCCCUUCCAUGUGAGGUGGAGGAUGCUCAAUAAAGAAGUUAUUGAACCUCGAAAUCAAGAGCGUGAGGUUCUUUCCAAGAGCACGAAUCCAUAUUAUAGAUAUGACUUGGAACCAUUUAGUGUGAGGAGGAAGGACUUCUGGUUGUUGUCUACUGUGGAUAAGCUUCUAAAGAAAUUCAUUCCUAAGCUUCCACAUGAAGCAGAUGGUCUCAUAUUCCAGGGAUGGGAUGAUCCUUAUGUGCCUCGCACACAUGAAGGGCUUCUAAAGUGGAAAUAUGUUCAUAUGAACUCAGUUGACUUUCUUUUCGAGUUGGGAGGUCAUGGUCACCAACUUUUUCUGUAUGAACGUGGAAGAAAGAAGCUAUUGCAUGGAAAUAGAGUUGUAUUCAACGAUGCAUCAGAUCCGUCUUCAUAUUCAGGAAAGAUUAUUGAGUGCUCUUGGGAUUCUGAGAGGCAGUUAUGGAUCUAUAUGCGGAUUAGGACAGACAAAUCAACACCAAAUGAAUUCAAUACCUAUAGAAAGGUAAUGCGGAGCAUAAGAGAUAACAUUACCGAGGAGGUCUUAUUCAAGGAGAUCGAUGAGAUCAUUAACCUGCCGAUGUAUGCUGAUAGAAUUAAGAAUGAUAUCAGGGCUCAUCAAAACACAGUUUCUGCACGGCGCAAGUGAUGGUUGAUUGACAUGAAGUUACAUGAUUGAUAGAAGCAGGAAUGAUGAGGGCCCAUCAAAGCACAGAUUAUGCACAAGCAAUUGAUUGCUGACAGCAUUAUUUGUUAAUACUGAUCAUGCAUGCUGGGUGCUCACUGUCUAGUUCUCUUUCCUAUUAUAAUGCAGGUUAAAGGAUGUGUUGUUGGGCCAUAGUAUCUGAUUGGUUACAAAGAAUUAUACAUAUUUAGCUAGUUGAGUAUAAUCAGCUUAAGGAUCACCAUGUAUAAUUAGCUAUUAUUCAUUUGUUCCUUUUGUCAUUCUUUCUUUGUUACUCUCCUUGUUUUUCAGAAGGGGGCACAAAAACAAAUAAUAGAGUUUUGUGAUGUAAACUAGAUUUUGCUCAAUCUGAACAUGACACACAAAGAACAUGUUAAGUUACUUGUGCUAAAUGCAGCAGCAGGUCUAUCUCAAACACAAAUAAAAAGUCCUUCUUCACUACUGAA